GACUAUCUUCCAGUGGCAGGCCCUUCGAUAAAAUCAGGAACUUGCGCUGGCCUUGCAAUGUCAAGGGAGGGGGCUCACCCAGGGCUCCUGUAGCUCAGGGGGCAGGCCUGAGCCCUGCGCCCGCCUGAGUCAGUCUAGCCCCUGACGGGGCUUCCUAUCCCAAGGGGCUCCGCACUGGGCCCCACCGAGGCAGGGGACCUGGGACCUGACCGGCUCGGAGCUCGGCUGGAUGUUACAGGCGUGCAAAAUGGAAGGGUUUCCCCUCGUCCCCCCUCAGCCAUCGGAAGACCUGGUUCCCUAUGACACAGAUCUGUACCAACGCCAAACACACGAAUACUACCCCUAUCUCAGCAGUGAUGGAGAAAGCCACAGUGACCAUUACUGGGACUUCCACCCGCACCACGUGCACAGUGAGUUUGAGAGCUUUGCCGAGAACCACUUCACGGAGCUGCAGAGCGUGCAGCCCCCACAGCUGCAGCAGCUCUACCGCCACAUGGAGCUGGAGCAGAUGCACGUGCUGGACACUCCCAUGGCGCCCGCCCAUGCCGGCCUCAGCCACCAGGUCUCCUACCUGCCUCGCAUGUGCCUCCCAUACCCUUCCCUGUCCCCGGCCCAGCCCAGCACAGAUGAAGAGGAGGGUGAGCGGCAGAGUCCCCCGCUGGAGGUGUCCGAUGGGGAGGCCGAUGGCCUGGAGUCUGGGCCAGGCCUCCUGCAUGGGGAAACAGGCAGCAAGAAGAAGAUCCGCCUGUACCAGUUCCUGCUCGACCUGCUCCGCAGUGGCGACAUGAAGGACAGCAUCUGGUGGGUUGACAAGGAUAAGGGCACCUUCCAGUUCUCGUCCAAGCACAAAGAGGCGCUGGCACACCGCUGGGGCAUCCAGAAGGGCAACCGGAAGAAGAUGACCUACCAGAAGAUGGCCCGCGCGCUGCGCAACUACGGCAAGACGGGCGAGGUCAAGAAGGUCAAGAAGAAACUCACCUACCAGUUCAGCGGGGAGGUGCUGGGCCGCGGGAGCCUGGCGGAGCGGCGCCACCAGCCCCACUGAGCCCCGGCCAGUGACCCGCUGGGCCGGCCAGGCCUCCCUGCUGGCCAUAGCAUUAACCCCCACGCCGGCCCGGACACAGGGAGGGACGCUCCCGGGGGCCAGGGCAGGACUGUGGCCGGCCAGGCCUCACUCACUACCCACUCCCUCCUCCAAGCCCCUGCCCACGCUCCCGCUUCACCUCCCUUCAGGACUCUAGCCCUAGCUCCAGAGUGUUUGACCCCAGAAAGGGUCAGCCUGGCUUAGUACAACCAGGCGCUUCCUUGGGAGUUUGAAGUUACCAUGUCUGUGUAAAUUGAACCUAGUUUUUAAGCAUGUCCCUCCUCACCACCCCCCUUACCUUUCCUCUUAUUAAAGUUAUUCUCAGUGAGUCCUCUUGCAGCA